UCUUAGGGUUCCAUGUCCGUGAGAAAGUAAGCAAGUGGAGAUGAGAUUUGAAGGGAAUGCGCGUGAGUAACAGUAAUGGUAAUAAUAGUAACAGGAGUGGGUUGGUGGGGUGAAGGUGGGGAUCUGAGAAAAGAAAUACAAGUAAACAAGGAGGCAAUUGGGUCGGCAAAAAGGCAAACAUUGAUUCCGACAUUUUACCCUUUCUUCCCAACACCUUGUCCCAUACCCGCCAGCCCCGGACUCCCCUACCCUACUCUCAUCUCUCUUUCUUACAAAUUAAAACCCUCAUCCCUAGCUCUUACUCUGUCUCUCAUCAUCUCCACACACAUAUAUAUACACAUUUUCUCUUAGAUUCUCUCUUCUCUUCUUAUUCUUCAUACCGCCAUAACAUUGCAUGCAAUGGAGCUUCAACUUGGUCUUGCUCUCUCAACCCAUCAAUCUCAAUCUCAACCACUUGACCUCAAUUCUCAUGCCUAUGACCCUAUCUUCCCUUUCCAUCAAAAUAAAAAACGUACCCUCUCUCAGAUCUUUGAUCAUGCACCACAAACCCCUCACACCGACCUUGUACUUCCAACGUUGUCUCUCCUUCCUUUGACGCCAACCCACCAUCAAGAUGAUCAUGAUCACCACAGCCAAUGUUCUAGCAUCACCAAGAAGGACGAGGAGGAUGCAGAUGAUGUAGUGGGUUGGCCACCGGUAAACUAUCGGAGGAAGAAACUCCGUGUCGAUAACUGUGGAGAUCACGACGAGGUUGCAGGAAGAAACAAUCACGUGAUAUGGGUUGACCAUGGUUGUUCCACCACCUCAAAUUCUCAGUACGUGAAGGUGAAGAUGGAGGGUGUGGGAAUCGCGCGGAAGGUCGAUCUUGGCAUGCACCGAUCCUUUCACACGCUGAUGGAAACCUUAAUGGACAUGUUUGGAACAUGUCAUCAAGAAUCAAACGGCUAUGAAUUGGCUUAUCAGGAUAAAGAAGGUGACUGGCUUCUGGCACAAGAUGUACCUUGGAGGAGUUUUGUUGGGUGUGCGCGACGACUGAAAUUGGUGAAGAACAGCAGUAGAUGAAUGGCGCCAAAAUGUUCAAUCUUGAGUUUGUCAACUUUGUCUGCCAAACCUUACUUAGAGUUAGAGAGAUGGCGUUUACCUUUUUCCUUUUGGUUAACUGUAUCUGAUCCAGCUGAACUUGCCUCCAAGUAUAAAAAACAUCCUAGUAUUUGCUGACAGUAUUAGUAUGUAGUUUUUUUGUAUGAAACAUUAUGAAGGUUUCUAGCAAAUAGUUGGUUGGUAAUAUGAAUGAUAAAUCAUAGUAGAAGU